GAAAUUAAAACCAGAGGAGUUGAUUGCAACAUGACCAAAACUUGGAGGGGGCAUUUUGUAACUAACCCUUGAUCUUUUGGUAGGCGCAGAAUAAGGAUGCGACAUGAUACAAACUCGUAGACACAUGAAAUUCUAAAAAAAGUAGGAUAUGACCACAAUUAGGACACACUUCAAAUAUCUAUAUCUUAUAUCAAAUUGUUUAUAACUCUCUUUAAGCAUUACUGUAUGACAAGGAAAAUAUAUAAUCAUUAAUAAUAUAAUAUGAAUUUUUAGACUGCCAUAGUGGUGAGUAAUCAUCAUUUUCCAUAGAUAGUGUAGUAAGCUUUCUGAAAUACAAUAAUUCAUUUCAUCCUCCUGUAUAAUUUUCUUUCUUUUUUAUGUUAAGUUUCAGUAAAAAUUAAAUAAGUUUCAUUAAAAAUAAUCAUUUUCAAUUUCUGCUGAUUGAGCUUGCAAUGCCAUCUCUGGACCAGAGGGUGUUGAACGGAGAAUGACAGAACUGGGAGGGUAAAAAGCCAUUCUUGGAUUCUGAAGGUACUUAAUUUUAUCAGAAACCAUAUAAGGAAACCACUAAUAAGCUUAUAUUGGAAUUUACUGCAGGUACAAAAUAUCCAUGACAUCAUUUAUUUGAUGCUGAAAUAUUUUUCAUUUUUUUGGUAUCCUAAUGAUUGGGUGAUGAAUUUAGUCUGACUUAGUCGAACAUGAUCGAGAAUUAUGCAUAGAAUUCUACUUUAAAACAAUAAGGCUUCUUUUUGGUCUUAAAUUAAUUGGACAAUCACACAUCUCUAUUCUACAAAUGAAACGGAAAUGACUGUUUUCUUGGCUUUCAAAAAUGCAGUUCCCAUGGUCACUGAUGAGACUUGGCAAUCUCUAGUGCUCCAGGCAGAUGGUCCUGUACUAGUAGAGUUCUGGGCUCCUUGGUGUGGGCCAUGUUGUAUGCUUCAUCCAGUAAUAGGUGAACUGUCAAAGCAAUAUGCUGGAAAGCUCAAGUGCUUUAAAAUGAAUACUGAUGAUAGUUUUUCAAUUGCAACCCAAUAUGGAAUAAGAAAGGUAAGUGGAUGCCUUCACAAGACUUCUGUGUCCUACACUUCUGACAGAUUUUUGAGUGGGAAGACCAAAUUCCAAGCCAAGAAAGUCUGUGAUGAUUGUAGGUUUGGAAUUAUAAUUGUCGAUGUUUAUAUCCAUGUCUGCAUCACUACCAUACAUUAG